ACAGCGGGAAUAAAUGAGAGUACGGUCACAGAGGUACUGGAGUUCGCGGUAAUUGUUAAGAUUUUGAUUAACGAAUUAAGAAAAGAAAAUGCCCCCCAAGAAACGUGCGAACGGUGGAGAAGCUAAAUCACAAUCUAAAAAACGAAAGAAGAACAAAACCACCGGCGAUUCCGACGAUUCUGACUUAGACGGUGAAGGCAACUUCGGGGGAAACGGACAGGCUGAAAACAAUGAUGAUAUCGGAGAAGAAGAAACUGUUGAUAUUACAUUAGAUGCUCCCCUUUCAACUGGAGAACUUGUGAUUUGUGGUGGUACCAAUUGGGAUUUAAUUGGUCGUAGUAAAGUUCCAGCAGGAGUUAAGAAUCGUGGCGGUCCUAAUUUAUGGGGUCCCCAUCGUGUUAAAGGAUUAACAGGUGUGAAGAUACGAUCUGUUGUUACCGGUCCUACAGCCUGCCAUUGUAUUGUUAUAACAAAUGAAGGAAAAGUUCUGUCAUGGGGACGAAAUGAAAAAGGACAACUAGGACAUGGUGACACUGAACGUAGAGAUUUACCAACUAAAGUUGAAUUUUUAGACCCAUUUAAUAUAAUAGAUGCAGCUUGCGGUAAAAAUCACACACUGUUUUUAACAGAUAAAGGAAAGGUGUUUAGUUGUGGGGAAAAUAAAUUUGGUCAGCUUGGUUUAGGACAUCAAAAUCCAACUGUAACUUUACCAUCAAAGGUACAUUGUAAAGGUCCAGCUAUACGUAAAGUAGCAUGUGGGGGAGAUUUCAGUAUGAUAUCCGAUAUACGCGGUAACUUAUUUUCAUUUGGUUGUCCCGAAUAUGGUCAGUUAGGUCAUAAUUCUGAUGGUAAAUAUUUUGUGACGAGUAAUAAGUUAUCGUUCCGUUGUGAGUUAGUACCAAGGAAAGUGAAUGUUUUUAUUGAGAAGAGUAGAGAAGGCCAUGUUUUACCUGUAACAGAUGUAGUAGUACGUGAUAUAGCUUGUGGAUGUAAUCACACAAUAGUCAGAGAUUCAAAGAGUCGUGCAUAUACAUGGGGAUUUGGAGGAUAUGGUAGAUUAGGGCAUGCAGGUCCAAAAGAUGAAAUGGUACCAAGACUACUUAAGUUUUUCGAUGGCCCAAAUCGUGGUGCAGGUCAAGUGUUUGCAGGUUCACAGUUUACUUUAGCCAUCAGUGAAGUUGGUGCUUUAUAUUUAUGGGGCCAGAAUAAAACUUCAGGAGAAGCUGCUAUGUAUCCUAAAUUAGUUCAUGAUUUGACAGGAUGGAAAGUUCGUAAUGUGAGCGGAGGUUUCCGAAGUAUUAUGGUAGUAGCAGAUGAGAGUGUUAUAAGCUGGGGACCGAGUCCGACCAUGGGAGAAUUGGGAUAUGGAGACAGUAAAGCUCGAUCAUCAACAACACCUCAAGAGGCUAAACCAUUAGACGGCGUCUACAUACACAAUAUUUCUCUGGGCUAUGCAUUCUCCUUGAUUUUGGCACGAGCUGAUUCAGAUGAAGAGAAAGAGAGAUUGGAGAAAUUACCUAUAUUCACACCAUAAUCAAAAUAAACAUUAUCACUUGUCUUAGUUAGAAUUUGCUGAAAUCAUAUUUUUAUUUCAGGGAUGUACAUUACACAAAUACAUGUAUUAAUCAGAUUUUGUUUUAUUGACAACUUUAUGAGAGAUUGCCGUUGUCAGUAAAAUAAAAACGUUUACGGUAGAUGUUGAUAAUAAAACUGUAACAAUGCAUGAGUUGAGUACCGGUAUAUAGACAGAAUUUUUAAAUUGCAAGUCAGUUUCACAAGUUUUUGAUAGAUCUUAAUUUAACUGUCUCAAAAUGUGACAAUUGACAGGUUGGGUAAGCAAUAAUUAUAUUUACAUCAAUACAGGUAGAUAGAAUUAUGUAGAAUACAAAAACAUGUUUGAUUUUUAACUGUCAGCUUUUGUCUCUUGUCAAGAGGCAGAAAUAAAAAGUUGGUAACGCACAAAGUAGUUAACAUAAAACUUACUUCUGAUGCUGGUUACUUUUAGAUAUUUGAGUGACAGUUUGUUUUGUAAUAUGUCUUGUUCCAAUUGAGUCAUGGAACAAUUUCAUUCUGCAUAAUUGACAGUGAGAAAUUCACUGAUUUAAUUAAUGGUAUUAUGAAGAAAAUAUUUAAAGAUGGGUUCCAAGAAAAGUAUUUAUCGGGUGGUUAUUUCCAAUAAAAGUAUGGUAAUUUUGGUAUAUAUGGAAAGUAGUUCACACGCGAACAUUGAGCGCUUGAUGUACAAGUUGAUAAACUUUAUGAAGAGUUAGACGUACAACACUUUCUGAGAUAAAAAUGACAGAAAAAGACGCGGGUUGUGGAUAAUCCGAGAAUUUAAUUAGGAUUCGAUAUUUGUAAUAAAUAGUAAGCAAUUAAAGACAACAUCGUCUUAUGUAUGCAAUAAAUUCUCCUCUGACUGCCAAGAGAGGUAAGUCAGUUGACCAGGUUAGAUCGAAUUUUUAUAGCAGGACAUUCCUUCGCAAUUACAAUGUUUGAGAAGGAUUUGAAGCAAAAUUAUGACAAAUUAAUUAGUUUGAAUGUUUUUAGUCCAUAUAUACCAUUAAAUCACCCAGUUUGUAGGCGGGAACCCAUCUUUAAGAGUACAGUAACUUUGUCUUUUACAUCGAACAAAUCAUGAAUAAAUCUUUGGACAGAAUCUACACUAAGACCAAAAGACAGUAAAUAUAUUUCCUUUUAACAUACCAUUACUGCUAUAAUUGACUUAAUGUCAUUAAUAUUCAUCAAUUUUCAUCGUUUUCUACUUGUCUCUAGUUAUUUGUGCCUUUUCUUCUGUAUAUAUUUGAGUAUUAGAGAAUAUUUUAGAAUGUUGGAUUUAUGAACACGGUUAGAUUUUAUGUGUGUACAACAUUUAAUUUUCAUUAAGAUAACUUGGUAGCUUAUUGUGAUGGUCUAACUUAAAUUUAAUAAGCCAAUCAAACGAGGCAGCUGAUUUACAUAUGAAGAAGAUAACUGUUUUGUUUUGAUAAGGUUGGGUUUUAAUUUACUAUGUGCAAAGAAUUAUUUCUCCACAAAGCAAUUCAAAUAAUUUGACCCCACCCGGUGCACUCAUUAAUUCAUCAUAAUACAAAUCAAUGAAAUCAUCCAUUUAAUUAUUGUGAUCCUUGAGUGGCAUUUAGCGAUUGAACACAUUAAAAACACAACACAGUUUAUAUGGAAAUACAAUCACUGGUUUAUAAGUAUAGCACGAAGUUUCGACAAGUAUUCUCUUAACGAUAAGAGAAUACUUGUCGAAACGUCGUGCUAUACUUAUAAACCAGUGAUUGUAUUUCCAUAUAAACUGUGUUGUGUUUUUAAUUAUUGUGAUUUAAUCCUCGUUUCCAUAUCAUUUUAAUUUCAUAUUUGGACCAAAUUGCGUCAAGUCUUUGAAUUUUCCCCACAUCCACAAUUAAGUUACUAUAGUAAUGUUGAACAGUGUGGUAAACUCGGGGAUUGAUACUCUCUCAGGGAAAAAUUCAAGCCAGAUCAUACCUCUUACAAUCUUUGUAUUGAAUUCUUGUAGUCCCCAUUAAUUUAUGUUGUAGUACUUUAUACCUUUCUAAAUAUAAUCUAAUUGAUGUAACUUAUUUUGUGUUUAUUUACGUUUUCACAACCUUCACGAAUUAGAUUGCUUUGAAUCAUAAACGAAGAAGACUCUGAUUCCUUAACAAAGGAUGUACAUGUAUCAAUCCCUGUUGAAACGUUUGUGGUUUGAUUCCUGUAAUCACCAGGAAUUUGUGUAUUAUAUGUUUCUCUAUUUCUUCAAGAUAUCAUGUUACAAUGUAAUUGUAUUGGCCAUUAGUAAAUCCAUGUAUCAUUAUUAAUUCAUUCAUUCGAGGAGUUUGGUGACCUUUUUGCUUGUAUAAAUGCUUAUGCAGCUAGACAGUGCUAAUUAAAUUCAAAUUUUGCAAUUUUUUUUCAAAAUACAUUUAGCAAUGAUGAAAAGGAAGAUUUGUCUGAAAUAAUCAUAUGGAAAUUAGGUUUUAGGAUAAAAAACACAGACAUAAAAAGAAUCUUAUCCUUGAAAUAUUUUUCGGUAAUGUAAACCCAGGAUGUGCAUAACGCACCCAAAAUGAGUAUAUCAAGUUUAUUUAAUUUCAUUUUGACAAAUAGUGAUAUUUUUAAUAUACAUAUCACAAAAUUAAGCAAAUCUUGAUAUAUUUACCGUUACAGAUUGAUGAAGCUUUCUUAAAGAUCAAAUUUAUUUUUGUGGUAAUUCUUAAUUUUAAUAUGAAUGUUGAUAUUCUGGAGUUAGUGUUACUGAUUAGAUUAUGCAUUUCCUUUUUAAUACCCACUUUUGACAGAACCUGUUAGAGAUAUCCCAAGACAUUUUGUAUACUUAUCAUUACAUGUAUAUCAUUGAAUGUUUCAUUAAUGUAAAUUUAGGUGACACUGUUAAUUUUUAUUAAUCUUUCAUUAAGGUACAUUGUAAUUAAAGUGCUUAAAGCAA